AUUUUGUGUUCCAGGAAGGAGAGGUUUUUUUCUGUGGUGUCGACUACCGUGAAGAAGAUUAUAUGCCUCGUUAUCGCACUCUUAAAGAAAAUAUUAGGAUCCUUCCAGACAGUGAUGUAGAACUUAUCAAUGUUCCUGUUCCUGAAUUUGCUGAUGGUGAUCCUGCUGACAUCGUUCAUGAUUUCCAUAUUCGACUCACUGCUUAUUUGGAUCUCGUUUUGAACAAAUGUUACGUGAUUCCUCUGAACACCUCAGUAGUUAUGCCACCUAGAAAUUUUCUGGAAUUGAUCAUAAACAUUAAGGCUGGGACUUACUUACCUCAGUCCUACUUAAUUCAUGAGCAAAUGAUAGUCACUGAUCGCAUUGAAAAUGUUGAUCAGCUGGGCUUUUUCAUCUCUCGGCUAUGUCGUGGGAAGGAUACCUUCAAGCUGCAGCGUAGAGAAUUUCCUGAUGGAAUACAAAAACGAGAAGCUGCGGAGUGUCACAAAAUUCGUCAUUUUGAAAACAACUUUGUUGUGGAAACCACCAUCUGUGAACAGUAGAGGGAAAUGCUGCUCUGCCAUUUUGCUUCUUGGAAAGCAACACUAAAAAAAUUCUUUUAUGUUGUGUGCUGUGCUGAUGCUAUUUCAACCACUGUUUUUUAACUCAAGUAAUUCAGCAGGAAGUUCAUUGCUAAGCCUUUCAAUUCUUCCUCUUCCUACGCUAUAACUUUUUAUUUUGACUUAUGGUAUCUGUCAUGUGUGAUUAGCAAGACUUGUAAAAGAUAACUUCAACAUUAAGUUUGAGUUUUAAAUACUAUUAAAUUACAAGUUUAGCAAGAUUUAGAUUUUAAGUACUAUGAAACUGUAUUUCUAAUGUCAGGACAGAGUUACUUUUAUGGUUUGUGUAUCCAUUUUAAGUAAUGCAGCUGUGAACAAAUAAGUUGGAUUGCACGAACUGGACCAGCUUGUAAUAUAAAGACAGCUGCUGUUAUUAGUAUGAACUGGAAAAAAGCAUCAAUACUUGCACUUAGCUAAAAAGUGCAGCUCAUUUAUCUUUAGAAAAAAAUUUUUUUCUGAGUUUUAUGCUGAAUUCUGCUGUAAAGUCUUAUCAGGAAGUUAGAAGUGUAGCAACAGUACAUUGUGGGAUUGCCAGUCUUCAGGACAGGACACUGAAAAUGUUUUUGUUUUGCUGUAUUGCAGUACAAUCAGAAGAUGCAGGGCACUAAAUGCUUGUAUAAGCAUUUGUUUAAUAUCUGUGAUUUACAAGUUGUACUCCAAGGUUCAUGAUGUUCUGGGUUUCUUUUUCAGAAGUUAAGUACUAAAACUUGUAAAAGAUUUUUAAAUGCUGUUUUGAUUUGCUGAAGACUCAUCGGAUUGUAAUUGGAAAAUGAAAGAGGGCUACAUAUUUUGUCGUUAUGAUAUUCAGCCAGUUUAAGAAUAUUCGUUGAGUAUAUCAAACUUUUCACAUCUGAUUUGUAUAUAAAUAGUGUUCUGUACAUGGGAGAUAACCUGUAUUCCAUAGUAAAUCUUACACAUCAAGAAGUGUCAUUUCUUUCUUGCAGAUAACAUUUUUUUAACAGUAGUGGCUGUUAGAAAUGUCAGCACUUGCAUAGUAGCUGUUGGUGACUGCAAAAUAAGAUUUCUGGUUAAAGGAAACUUUAUUAAAAUAAACUUUGACAUUCUGAAA